UUUAAAAUUACAAAAUAGACAAAAAUGUGGUUGUAUGAUUGUUUUAUUUGGCUUAAGUUUCAUUUUAUAUUUAAAUUUUCUACAAUAUCGUUAUGUUUCAAAUGUAAACAAACUUUCUGGAAAUAGACCUUAGGUUUUAAAAUGGUGGACCAUGCUGGACAUGUGUAUUUGCCCGGCGAAUUAAUUUGUAAUUUGAAGGAAUCGGAGAAAACAUCGAAAGUUUUAGUUGGACCAGGAUUAAGACAAGAUGAAGAAUCUAUAAUUGUCACGAAAUGCGGCUUACUCCGCUUCAAAGAGCCAAACUUUUAUUGGAUCGACUCUCAUCUAAAACGGUAUGUUGCUGUUAAGGGAGAUCCAAUCAUAGGGAUAGUUUCAGCUAAGGCAGGAGAUGUAUUUAGACUGGAUAUCGGUAGCAGUGACUUGGCAACUCUGUCCUAUUUGGCAUUUGAAGGAGCAACCAAAAGAAACAGACCUGACGUUAAGGUUGGUGAUAUUGUAUAUGCUAAAUGUAUGGUAGCUAAUAAAGACAUGGAACCUGAACUAGUGUGUAUAGACAGUAAUGGACGUAGUGGUGGACUGGGGGUUAUUGGUAGAGACGGAGGAUUUAUGUUCCAAACAUCGUUGAAUUUAAUUAGAAAACUUUUAAGUUCAGACUGUGUUUUACUCAAGACUCUUGGUAAUGGCAUGCAUUAUGAAUGUGCAAUAGGAAUGAAUGGUAGAGUUUGGGUCAAGGCAAAAUCUGUGUCGCACACAAUUGCCUUGUGUAAUGCUAUAAGUGCUGCUGAAUACAUGUCAAAUGAACAAAUCAAAGCUAUGUGUAAAAAAUUGACUAAUGCUUUAGCAGGCUUUUGAAACUGGCUAGAGAAUAUUAGGAAUUGACAUACCGGUAAUGAGUGGAAUGCCUGUUGAAAACUCCAUGGUCAAGUUAUCAGUUGGUACAGCAAUAUGUCUGAACUAACUGCUAUUGUUAUGUAUUCCACAUAAGUGACAGGAUGAGCAUCCUUGAUAGUAAUUUUGACCUGAUUUGCAAACAGCAACAUUUUUUUAUGUGUAGCUUUUUGAUGACGAAAA